GCGCCACGACCCAGGCUGAGAAACGCGCCGCUUGCCCUUCCCCCACAACCUGCGCCGCGUCGCGCGCGGCCGAAUCUCCCGCCAAAGCUGCCCCCGCCCGCCAAGGCGCGACCUAUCAGCGUCGCAGCGGCCCGCGGCGGCCCGGCCGUCUCAAUCCCGCGGGUGGAGCUCAACCUUUUCCUUAGGCCUUUCCUCAGCCCGCGGCGUCCCUCCGGCUCCCGAGCCGGGAGCCAGGCAGUCGGGCUUCGCGGCUGCCCGCGGUUCUGAGGUCUCGCCCCAGCCCCAGUCGGCUGGCGAGGCGCGCGCAGCCGAGUGGACCCCCGCGGCUUGGCCCGAUGGUUUCGCCCGACCCGGCGCGCGCGGGAGGCCGAGGGGCGGGGCCGGCGCCCAUAUAAAGGCGGUUGGGGGCGGGGCGCGCAGAGGUUGUGAGCGCCGGCGCGGGGACGCAGGUCGCUGCCUGAGGUCCGGUUCUUCCCUUCCCUGCUGUGCGCGCCCGGCCCGCGCCCCCGCCGCCUCAGCCCCGGCCCCGGCCCCGCCCCCGCCCUGCGCGCCUGACCCGUGCUGCCAUGGCCUGCCGCCCGCGAAGCCCGCCGAGGUAUCAGAGCGGCUGCGACGGUGACGCCAGCCCGCCGUCCCCCGCGCGAUGGAGCCUGGGACGGAAGCGCAGAGCCGACGGUAGGCGCUGGAGGCCCGAAGACGCCGAGGAGGCCGAGCGCCGCGGCGCCGAGCGCAGACCCGAGAGCUUUACCACUCCUGAAGGCCCUAAACCCCGUUCCAGAUGCUCUGACUGGGCAAGUGCAGUUGAAGAAGAUGAAAUGAGGACCAGAGUUAACAAAGAAAUGGCAAGAUAUAAAAGGAAACUUCUCAUCAAUGACUUUGGAAGAGAGAGAAAAUCAUCAUCAGGAAGUUCUGAUUCAAAGGAGUCUGUGUCCACUGUGCCGGCUGACUUUGAGACAGAUGAAAGUGUCCUAAUGAGGAGACAGAAACAGAUCAACUAUGGGAAGAACACAAUUGCCUACGAUCGUUAUAUUAAAGAAGUCCCAAGACACCUUCGACAACCUGGCAUUCAUCCCAAGACCCCUAAUAAAUUUAAGAAGUAUAGUCGACGUUCGUGGGACCAGCAAAUCAAACUCUGGAAGGUGGCUCUGCAUUUUUGGGAUCCUCCAGCUGAAGAAGGAUGUGAUUUGCAAGAAAUACACCCUGUAGACCUUGAAUCUGCAGAAGGCAGCUCCGAGCCCCAGACCAGCUCUCAGGACGACUUUGAUGUGUACACUGGCACACCCACCAAGGUUAGACAUAUGGACAGUCAAGUGGAGGACGAGUUCGAUUUGGAAGCUUGUUUAACUGAACCCUUGAGAGACUUCUCGGCCAUGAGCUAACUGCCACCUGGCGGCCAGGAAGAGAAACAGCUCCUCCCCGACUAGGUGGAAGGCUGGCCAGGCACCAAGCAUGUGUGUGCACUUAUACCUGGUGGUUUCUCUGUUAGUAGUCCAUUAUCUCAUGAUGAAUUAUUUUUGCCUUACUUUCUUAAGAAACAUUAAUAAGAAACAUUAAUUUUAUGUAUAGUGAGUGUAUUUUGCAUGUUUUAAAUUGUAAAUGGCGCUAAAUCCAAGAAAGUGUACUUGAAGCAAUCUUCCAGCAAGCUUAAUUGCCUAAUCCCUGUUGUCCUCCAGGGUAAGCUGACAGGUCUACUUAACUGGUUUUCCACAGGCACUUCAGUUGCUGCUUGUCAGAUGGACUGUUUUGGAUUUAACCGUGUAAUCCAUGGGACCAGUUGAGAGUCAGCUGCUUUUAUAGGCAUCAAAGUAUUCUCAGACACCUUUAAUAUCUUUAUGGAAACUUAGUUUUUGGCCUUUUACCAGUAUGUCAUAACAGCACUCUGAAGUCAGACAUUGUUAAAUUGAGCUAUUAAACUAAUGGGUUUUAUGUAAGUUAUAUGGUCUUAAUUUGGUACUUGUAAAUAGCACUAGUUAGAUUCUUUAGAAUACUCCAAGAGUUAGGGCAGCAGAGCAGAGUGAUUUAGAAAGAACAUUUUAAAACAAUCAGUUAAUUUACCAUGUAAAAUUGCUGUAAAUGAUAAUGUGUACAGAUUUUCUGUUCAAAUAUUCAAUUGUAAACUUCUUAAGACUGUUUUGUUUCUAUUGCUUUUGUAUGGGAUAUUGCAAAAAUAAAAAGAACCUUCUUUAAGUGAC